AUGAGAAUGAGAGAUCAUUGGAAAGGGAAGGAAGAAGCGGUGGAGAUGAUGACGAUGGUGAUGGAGAUGAUGAUGAUUUUGGAGAAGAGUGACGGAGAAGAGACGAUUCGUCUUCUGACUUGGACUGCCAUUGCAAAAGAUGCGUGGAGAAACUGUAAACAAUCAAGGCCAGAAGUUUGGGCCCUAAAGGUAGGAUGGAUUAUUAGAGAUUAUCAAGGGUCUUAUUUGGAAGCAGGAUGGGCUACUUUACCUCAAGUUAGGUCUCCUUUACAGGCUGAAGCAACUGGUUUCUGGUACAAAGAAUGUGGAUUAUGGGAUGGAGACAAGUUUGAUUUGAAGGAAGCUGCCUCUAAGCUCGUUGGAUCAUGUCAAUAG